AUGGAUGUGGAACGACUAAUAGAAGAAGUUCGUAAGUUUCCUGUUCUUUACGAUCAGCGAAGUGAAAACUACAGGAAUAUCGAGUACAAAGACAGAGUUUGGAAGACAACUGCAACAGAUCAACAAGCCAAAGGAACGGACCGGAGCAUGGCCAUCACUCGUCCGACGCUUGGUCCUGACAUGGCCCGGACGUGUGUGUCCCGACCUACAUGCAGACAUUUGAGGGCCUACAUGGCAGAACGAGAAAUAGUUUCCAAUGUUCCUUACACGCAAGACAAUAAUGAGCAUAAACAAGAAUCAAACACAGAUUCCCAAGAGGAGCAGUCUAUUGUUGAAAACGAAAAAGAGUCUACACAAGAAGACAUUGCAUAUGAAGAAUGGAUCAUUAAAACCCAGGGACACACCACUUCAUCAGCUGUGAAGGAAAACACUAACAGAACACAAAAAUCACUAGCUACACAAGUAAAUGACUGGGUGGUGGUAAAAUAUGACAAUUCAUAUUUUCCUGGUAAUAUUACUAAAAUUGAAAAUGGUGAGUUUAAAUUUGAUGUUAUGUUCCCAAAAUGUGAAGAAGACUGGCUGAGAAUUGCAAGUGAUUUUGAAAGCAAAUGGCAGUUCCCUCACUGUUUAGGAGCUAUUGAUGGGAAACACAUCAGAAUUGUACCUCCUAAAGAAAGUGGAUCGUUUUUCUUCAAUUAUAAGAAAACAAAUAGUGUCGUCUUAAUGGCUGUAGCUAAUGCAAAUUAUGAAUUUGUGUACUGUGAUGUGGGAACAAAUGGGAGAGUAUCCGAUGGAGGGGUUCUGCAGAACACUAAAUUUUAUGAACUUCUUGUUAAUAAUAGUUUAAAAAUUCCUCAACCUCAACGAAUUGCAAAUUCGCAGGAAAUAGGCCUAAUGGAGUAUGUUUUUGUUGGUGAUGAUGCCUUCGCAAUUCGCAAAGAUUUAAUGAAGCCAUAUCGUCAAGAAAAAUUAUCAAAGGAAGAAAGACUCUUUAAUUACCGUCUCUCUAGGGCACGCAGAGUUGUUGAAAAUACGUUUGGAAUAUUGGCAUCAAGGUUCCGUAUUUUCCAUACAACCAUAAACUUGAAGCUGGAGAAUAUUGACACUGUGGUAUUAACUUGCUGUGUUUUACACAACUUUUUGCGCAGAAGAAACCCGCAAUUUUACACACCAUAUGAGUCACUGGAUCGCGAAAAUAUCAACGAAUGUUCUCUUGAACUGGGCGAAAGAUGUGACGAAGAAAUUAUGCACGCCCUGCAGCGUGGAAGAAGUGGACAAAUUUUUGAAAGCGCAAAAACUGUUAGAAAUAAAUAUAAACAUUAUUUCAGUACUACUGGAGCUGUUCCAUGGCAGGAUGGAUUUGUAUCGUAAUAAACUUUGUGUUGUAAAACAUGGACAAGUA